GCCGCAAAUGUUAGAAAAACGCAAUAUCUCACUCUCAUUCGCCAGUACUGUAAAUGUUGAGUCUUCGUCUGCGCGCCAUGGCUGGCGCAACUCUUUCUACCCCUUCUUCCCUAAGCUUUAAAAACCCUAGUUUCUCAACCAAAAGAUUCCCGAAUCCAUCUCCACUCAAUGGAGUUUUCUUCAGAAACCAAAAUAAAACCCAAGAUUGUUUCCGCGAAUCAUCUAUUCGGUGUUUCGUUUCUGCUUCCGCUGUGGGUAGAAUCAAAGUUCAGAAUCCUAUCGUUGAAAUGGACGGUGAUGAAAUGACUAGAGUAAUUUGGAAGAUGAUUAAAGAUAAGCUUAUACUUCCUUACUUGGAUUUGGAUAUUAAGUACUAUGAUCUAGGUAUACUGAAUCGUGAUGCUACUGAUGAUAAUGUUACAGUUGAAAGUGCCGAAGCUACUCUCAAGUACAAUGUAGCUGUCAAAUGUGCAACGAUUACUCCCGAUGAAGCUAGAGUCAAAGAGUUUGGCCUGAAAGCUAUGUGGAGAAGCCCCAAUGGGACGAUACGGAACAUUUUGAAUGGAACUGUUUUUCGUGAACCCAUCAUGUGCCAGAAUAUCCCUAGGAUUGUCACUGGUUGGAAAAAAGCCAUUUGCAUUGGUAGGCAUGCCUUUGGAGACCAGUAUCGCGCGGCUGAUUUGGUGGUUAAAGGACCAGGAAAGCUUAAAAUGGUCUUCUCCCCAGAAGAUGGAAGCACUCUGCAAGAGCUUAAUGUUUAUGAUUUCAAGGGCCCUGGAAUUGCUCUGGCAAUGUACAACGUUGACGAGUCAAUUCGAGCUUUUGCUGAGUCGGCAAUGGCAAUGGCGCUUACAAAGAAAUGGCCUCUCUACUUGAGCACCAAAAACACUAUCCUAAAGAGAUACGAUGGAAGGUUUAAGGAUAUCUUCCAGGAGGUAUAUGAAACUAACUGGAAGGAAAAGUUUGAAGAGAAUUCCAUAUGGUAUGAGCAUCGUCUAAUUGAUGACAUGGUGGCAUAUGCACUAAAAAGCGAAGGUGGAUAUGUGUGGGCAUGCAAAAAUUAUGAUGGAGAUGUCCAGAGUGAUUUCCUCGCUCAAGGAUUUGGUUCUCUUGGCUUGAUGAGUUCUGUAUUGUUAUCCUCGGAUGGAAAGACAUUAGAAGCUGAGGCUGCUCAUGGGACUGUGACUCGGCAUUUUCGGUUACACCAGAAGGGACAAGAAACUAGUACAAACAGCAUUGCAUCCAUAUUUGCAUGGACAAGGGGUCUUGAACAUAGGGCCAAACUAGAUCAUCAUGAGAAGUUAUUGGAUUUUGUCUCGAAGUUAGAGGCAGCAUGCAUCGAAACAGUUGAAACAGGGAAAAUGACGAAGGAUCUUGCCCUUCUGUCUCAUGGACCCAAGGUAUCAAGAGACCUAUAUUUGAACACCGAAGAAUUCAUUGAUGCCGUUGCAGAGAAUCUUGACGUGAAGCUUAGGGCCCCAGUACUUUUGUGAGUACAUUUAAAGUAUCUGUAGUUGGUAAGGUUAAAUAAAAUUACUAUUGGCAGGGUGAAUUAUGUAACCGAGUGUUUAUCAGCAGGUGGUUUAGUAUUUUCUUCAGAGCAAUUAUUAGCCUGAAAUUUGUACAAUGUAGUACCAAUUUUGUCAAACAGAACAGAAACAACGGCAGAAUGAAAAAACAAUCAUCCGCGUAUGCCGGUUUUAAUAGGAUUGUGCUACUUACCUGUCAUGUUGAUAGUUUAUAAAAUUUGCAAGUUAUAAGAACACGAACAGAUGCGGCAGUUGCCGUAUUUGAUUGAUA